UACUUUAAUGAUAUGGCAACAUCUACAUAUGUAUUGAAACACCUGUAGUUUUUGUUUACAGAUGGAUACUGUUUCAACCUGUCAAUUUUAAGAUAAUGAUAAAUUACUAAUACUUUUUUUAUUAAAAUCUUACACGUGUUAUUUUUAAUAAAAUCCUCAACUAAAAUAUCAGCUCAUGGCAAGAUACAGCAUUGAAUUAAACAUCGAAAAUUUCUGAAUAAGUAUUCCCAUCCGAAAGAAAAAUGAAUGAAUGCCAUAGUACUCCUGCUCUAACAUGUUCUGAUUGCGAAUAUCUGUCUAAUGAUGAUGAUACUCAACCUUCUGAUGAUUUGAUGUACACUUCUUGUUCAGAUUUUGAAAACAUUAAUGAAGCUGAAAGACUUCAAAGGCUUGAAGAAGAACAGGAGCAACUCAACUCAUCUUUAAUUGCCCUUACAACACAUUUUGCUCAAGUGCAGUUCCGACUUAAACAGAUUGUUGAUGCUUCACAAGAAGAAAAGGAGAACUUAUUAAAGGAAUUAGAAGAGUUUGCAUUUCGAGGUAUUCCAGAUAUUCGAGAAUAUGAAAAUGGAUUAGAUUUGUCUCAAAUCAUUCAUGAACAAAAUCAGGAAGUAAAGCUUGAACAACAAAGAACUCGUCAAAAAGAGUUAAUUGAUAAACUUAAAGAACAACUUGAAGAUCUUGAAAACUAUGCCUACGAGACUGGACAAGCAAGUAUGCCCCAAAGCAUGCUUUUUGAACGUCAGUCGGUCGUCAUUGAACAACUUAAAGGGAAACUUCAAUUAAAUUUCGAUGAACUAGACAAGUUAAGUCCUGAUGAGUUGCGUUCCCAAGUUGACUGUGCAAUAAAAGAGCUUGUGAAUCCAGCAAAGAUGAAAGAACAACUUGUGAGUCAGUUAAAAACUCAAAUAUCUGAUCUGGAAAGAUUCAUUGAGUUCCUUCAAGGUGAAGCCGAAUCAGAUGGCAAACCGCGUUGCACGUGUGACUGCCCAGUUCAUCGAAAAACUUCUCAUAAUCAUUCUGGUUCAAGCUCUAGAAGUGGAAAAUUUUCCUCAGGUAAAAGUUCCAUGCGAGCUCAAAAAGAAGAGAAAACUGUUGCUCACAUCAUGAGGAGAGUACUUACUUUGUUGCAAGUGUUCACCAUUACUCAAUUUGGUUGUGGAAGGAAUAACUUUCAGAAAAAUACCUUGAAAAAAUCUGAUAAAGGAAAUCAUUGGGGGGAUUUGAGAGCGAAAUUAGAGGUUGCUGUGAGUGACGUUGAAAAUUCUGUCUUAGAACGUGAACCUCCUUGUGAGGACAGUGAUUACACAAGUGACUCUGAAGAUACUCCAGUUGUUCAAUGCAAUGAAAAGCUGACCACAGCUGUGAGAAAAGACCUUGCUUCUGCAAUAAGAGAUUUAAUGCAACAUGGACUUAUGCCUAUAGGGCAAAGUACUAGUAUAGUUCCAUUUGGAUGUUUUGCCGUCCAGCCAUCAGUACCAAAGAUGAUGCAUGCUUGGGACCUUAUUCUAAAAUAUUAUGAGUUAAAGAAUGGUUACCAAUAUAAUGCAUCACCAGCUAGAAAAUUAUGCCAAAGCUUUAACUUAGAAAUAGUAGGAGGUGUGGCCACAACUCCUAAGCAAUCUCUUCUCAGUGCCAUUGGAAACAUUAUUUCAACCCAUACACCUCUUAAACGUUCACCAGACUCUCAUUUCAAAGCUUUUGUCUGUGCUGGUCUUAAUGAUAAACGCUUGGUAUCGUGGCUCAAACUUAUCUAUAAGACAAGAACUUUAUUAGAAAACUUUUAUCAGUCAUGGAGUUAUGCAGCCAAAACUGGAUUUGAAGAUGCUCUGAAGUCCUUAGACAGACUCACUAUUUUAGAUUUUGAUCUUCCUGUUGAUUUAGCAAUUCGUCAAUUGCAAAGUAUCAAAGAUGCAUUUUAAUCAUUUUCAUUUUCAAACAUUAUGUUUUAAAAAAUUGCUUUGUUAUCGAGGAUUUUCAGUAUGAAUUUGUGUUAUGGAUUAUUUUCAUUUAUGUUUCAAUAACACUUUUAUGCAUGAAUUGUUGAAAUAUUUGCAUGGCCAUGAUGCACAUUUUUCAAAAGGUUGUAUUUUUCUUAAAUGGAAGUUCAAAAAAUUUCUUUUUUUUUAAAUUAAUUUUAUUUGAUCUUUCUGUGAUCUUAUUUGAUCUAUAUCUUUUUUUUAAUUAAUUUUAUUUGUGCAAUAGUUGUGUUUUCAGUGUUCUAAAAAUAUUGAAUCCUUAUCAAACUUUUAUAUGAAAGCUAGGCAAUGUUGAUCUGUUUGUUUUUUUCUAAAGUGUGAUUAUUGAAUACUUAUUGUUGGCCAUCUUGUAGAAAUCGUUAAAUUUUAAAAACUGUAUCUUCAAAAUAAUAAAACUGAUGCUUUUACUGUAAAAAAAAUCAAUUUAUUUAUUGAAAAUCAUUUAUUUGACAGCAUUUAUAUUGUCAUAUCAUUAACAAAAAUUUCAUGAACUGUACAUUAAAAAAUAUUUUCUUUUUGAAAAUUAAAAAAAAAAACAUUUGAAUAGCUUUGUGGAAGUGAAAUCCUAAAAACGUCUAUAUUUUUGGUUUAAUAGCUAGAGUAUAGAGUAAAAAGGCACAAACUAAAGAACUAGGAUCAUAUGUUUCCUUGAAUGGUCAAUGAUCCUCUUCUCCAUUUCCAAUGUGAUUCAACUGGCCAAUGAUCAGCCUCCACUUUCUAACCAAAUAUUGUAUAAAAAUUACAUAGCUCAUUAAAAAAAAAAUUUUACGUACUAAUCAAGCUCAAACUAAUUACAAUAUUUAAAAAUGUGCAUACAAUGUAGAAAUUAUAACAUUGUAAGUCAUAAAUGCAUUUAUGCCAAAGUAUGUGUCAAAAGAUUCAAAUGUUAUGAAUUUUAUUUAUUUUGUUUAAAUAUUUAAAAUUUUUUUAGAAAAUUUUUUGCUUAAAAUAUAUUUAAAACGUAUGUAUUUAAGGAGAUAAUGUGCAAUAUAAAUAAUGAAAUAAUUUAUAAAAAUUAAAUGUUUGCUGUAAUUUUAUUUUCAUUAACAAAGGCAAUGUGGGCAAAACUAUGUGUUACUUAAAUAUUUUAUAGAUGUAUGCUUUCUAAAUUUAUACAAUUUACUAUACUUAGAUUGUUUGAUAAUGUUCUUAUUCAACUAAAGAAUAGUUCAACUAUUAUUGUUUGACAUAAAAUUUUAAAAUUCAAUUUGGGCCUUGAAAGCCUAAUUAUUCUUUCUUGCAGCCCACCUAUUAAAAAAAGGUUAAGCAUUCCUUCUAAAGGACAUUAUGUGUUUUCUUUUUCUUAAUUAAUGCAGUUUUUCUCAGGGUAAAAGAAAAAAAACAGUUCUGUAGGUCUCCUGUUUAUUUUUUACAGCUUAUAUUCCUAAAUUCAGUAGGAUGCGACUUAGUACCUUCCAGCAAGCUCUUCAAUCAUUAUGUUCAUUUUUAGUAAAAAUUCAUUUUGUGGAAUAUUUUAAUCUUUAUCAACUAAUCAAGAUUGUUAAUAAUCGUUAGUUCUUCCAAAUUUGUGUAAAUUUUAUAAUUGUUUUAUUUUACAUUUCAAAUUUGUAAUUGAUUUAUUUGAACUCACAUAUAUGAAUGUAUAUAUGUAUUCAUUUUGUUGUUGAAUAAAAAUUACUGCAUAUCA